UAAUUUGUAAAGCGAGAUGUCAACUUUAGCUUUAACUCUUUUACUUUGUUGAUUGCGAAAAUGUCUUGUGGAAUAAGUUUUGCAUUGAUUCUACCUUCAAACUUAAUUAUUAUUGUUUAUGAAGACAGACCAAGUCAAAUUGUGCUGAAAAAAUGUAUUAAACCGGUUUUCUACAACAAUGCGCAACCCGCACAGCGUUUUUCGCGCCACCAAUUACCGUUGACUGACAUUUGGACCAAUCAGAACUCAGCUGAAAACGAUGACUCAUCUUUUAUGUCGGAAAACACUGAAGGGGUAGCUGCUUGCUCGAGUGAAGUGAUCGAGUUGGGGAGCAGAGUAGCAUCCAUUGCAUGUCAACAAGAUGCCGUGUUCAUUUUGUUAGAACGAGGAGUUGUGAUUAAACACGAUCUCCAGGCGGGAAAGAGUGAAAAAUGGCUGACAAAUCCACAAAUUCUAAUAUCGCAUCUAAAACCAGAAAAAUGGGAGCUGAUGAAUUCUACUUUGGGAUUUUCAUCAAGUACUGCAACACCACGGAGUUCCAGGUCCAACUCGCUCAGAACCCCCGAUGAAUUUCUUGAUUUGAGUUCGCUCGGAUUGGAUGAUAAUUUAGACAGAGCAUUGUCACUGAUGUCAAAAUUACACGGAGCUCAAGACGAUGUUCUGCUUAUUGCGAUUUGCAUGAGGCUCAAAUUGGAUAUGACUUAUGAUCACGAGGUCCAGGGAUCAAUCCCUGUCUAUGACUCACAGCUAGUGCUUCACAAAUUUUCAAUGAAGGAAAAUGUCCUAGUGAGCAGUCAAAUUUUGGCAACCGAAAUUCUUCCAUGCGAAAUCCUCUUCUCGAAAAGUUUCAUAAUCUGCUCAUUCGUCCAACUGAACUAUUUCAAUAAAUUCAUUACUGUUCAAUCUCUUUUCAACCACCAACAAAACCAAUCUCAAAAUACCGAUUCUGAAAAACAGUUCAACUCUUUCGUUUGGAUGCCCAAAUAUGGAUGUGUGGUGAAAGGAGAUUCGAUGGAGUUUUCCAUUCAAAUGGAGCUUUCGAAAUUGCUGGAUAUGUUUGGAGAAGAUGUUGAUGGCAUACAUGGUAUAGAAGCAGUGAGAACCAACGCAGAUUCGGAUUUGAUAGCGGUAGUUGACAAGACUGGAACUAUCUCUAUAAGUGAGUUCACUUUCAAUUCAGUCCUGGAAACAAAGUCUGUCAUCGUCGCCCGAGUGCCUGUGAACUACUCUAACAUCGGGUUACAUGACUCAAAUCGCAUGCUGAUCUCGUACGAUGACCGAGUUAUCUUAAUCCAGACAGAAAUUCCAGUUUCGGCUCCACAAAAGUUUUCCUUGCCUCUCCAAAGAUCAAAAGGCACCCAAAAUGACGAGGACGUUCAGGUUACGGUUGCGAAAAUGGAUAUUUCAGAUUGCAUUAUUCCUAGACAGCCAAUGGUUUCAGGGUCUACUGAAACUCUACGGAGCUUGAAACUGAUUCAAAUUGGGUUUCCGAACGAGGGCGAUGCUCGAAUUCUUAACUGUUUUGUCAGUUUAGAAAAAUCAGAACUAGAAAAGGAAUCAAAACUCAACCGAGCUAGAAAUUUGAUCGAUUCGGAAAAUGUUAACGUUGAAGAUUUGCUUUGGAUCACAAGACGACUCCAAGCUGAAAUCUCAAGUGAUGAAUUGAAGAACUAUCUAGAAAAUUAUGUCAUCAACAACGCUGAAAAGCUGAACGAAUCAAUUGCAGAAGUCAGCAAAUUCAGUCGGGAUCAGCAGAACUAUCAAGUCGAAGACGAGCUACACGACACUAUAGCCGACUUGGGCUACCAGAUGAGGAAACUGGUUUUCGGCUCAAACUACAAUCUGAUUGCGAGAUACUUCAAACUGAUGGAAAUCGAAGGCAUGUUAUGA